UUUGUCAUGUGUCAUUUAUUUAGCUGAAAUAAUAGAAAAUGAUUUCUAGAUUUACCUACAUACUCAUCACAAAUUGAUUAAAAUCUCAUUGAUUGCAUAGUGAUGCAAUGUUGUUAUAGAAAUGAAUACAUUGGGUAAUAAUUGUGACAGUCGAAGAAAUAUUAAAGAUUUUUUAUCAUCAACAUCUUGACAAGGUGGUAAAAUGACUUGAAAAUGACGAACGGAUGCAAUGAAUAUUUGGAAUCCAAAACAGCUGAGCGCAAUGAACGUGCUAAAAAAGUUUAUCGAUAUGUAAGUGAUAUUGCCCGACGCCUGAGUGAGGCAACAGCAGAAUGUCGUGUUCUCCCAGAUCUUUUCAGCACAGACAUUGAAUCACAACGUCAAAAGUUACGGGAUUAUUGUGAGAAGUUAUUCUUUUUAGAUCCAGAAAAUUAUGGUAAAAAAUCACUUGAACUUCUCUGGCGUAAAGUAUAUUAUGAUACAGUAAGUGUUUCUAAGAAACUGCGAGCCAGUGAUAAUGGCGGUGACAACUAUUUAUUCAGUCAUAUUCUAUGUGGGAUUGGUCAAUUCCAUCAUUUUAUGACUAAAGUGCAGUCUGAAAUGCAUAUAGAAUUAAAAGAGUUAGACUUUUUGCCUUUAUUAGUUGACGAAGAAAAUGAAGAGGUUGUGCAGGAAAGUCAACAACCUGAGCAAUAUUAUGAAUUAGGCAAAUCAAUCUUGUUUUCCUGUUUGAUAUAUCUUGGGGAUUUAAGUCGAUACCAAGUAGAAAUAUUUAAUACAUUUGAUUCUUCUUUAGCAGCUCGUUACUAUCUACAAGCUGCUCAGAUUGAUUUAACAUCUGGAAUGCCAUUUAACCAGUUAGGUAAUUUAUACCUGGAUAAAAAUUAUAAUUUGGACUCGGUUUGUUACUACAUUCAUUGUCUAAACGCCUUGGUGCCUUUUGAAGGUGCAAUAGGAAAUUUGACAAAAAUAUUUGAAAAAAAUUCUCAAUUCUGUGAUUCAAUGAAUAUGACUGAUUCUAUGACCCAGGCUGAACACAUGCAAAUUACCAUUGCUAAAUUUCUAACACUAAUUGAAAUAUGGUAUUUAGGCAAAGAAGACAAUAAUGUCCCAAAAGAGUGUAAUACAAUAGCUCUACAAUUUAAAAUAGCUAUGGAUUUUACGAAAACGCCUCUACCAGAUAUUAACAAAAAUUACAAUGAAUACACUCAAGCAAUUGAAGAAGAAAAUGUUAAUCCAUCUUAUUUGAAUGCGAGUAUCAUUCAUAAUAUUGUGCAAAUUUGUUUAUUCACUAUUGCCAAAUUAAAUGAUUCAGAUGAAAGUAAAGCCUUUGCUUGUAAAGCAUUUACACUGGCCUUUUUAUCUCAAAUACUACAAAAGCUUUUAAAAAAGUUGGAAUCAUUUGGCCUCAAAAAUCCUGCCCAUAAAUAUAAAUCGAGAUAUAUACCAAAAAAUAUAUCAAAUAAAGAAAUAGAAAAAGAUUUAGAUUGUGAAAAAAACUUAGAAACUGUAACUGAGCCCAAUGAAGAGAAUUUGACAAAUGGUGAUACAAACUGCUACGAUGAAAAAUUAAGUAAGGAAAAUAACUCGGAAGAAAUAAAUACUCUAACAAAUGGUGAUGUUAAAAAUAAUAAAAAAAUUGUCACGAAACGUCGUCGUAGACGUCGCGUUGCUUCAUCGGAAAGCUCAGAUAUGAGUGACAUAGACACUGAGAGCAGCGGAGUUGACACAGAUAAAUCAGAUUCAGAAGAAGAAGAUGCCUCAGAUUCACCCUUUCAAUCAGAUGAUGAUUCGAAAAGUGAAGGUUCUGUUUAUGAUGGUGAAGAUAAUGAACUAGAUGUUAAAAUUAAUGGUAAAUUAGAAAAUAUCAAUACUACCAGUAUUGAAGACGGAAAUAAAGAAAGUAAUGCUGAUAUUGAAGUUACAAUUAAAAAUCUUGAUACAACAAAUCUUGACACAACACAACCUCUGGAUUGUACAAAUAAAGUGAUUGUUUCAGAAAUAGAAAAGUUUUUACUUGGUGAUAACUUCUUACCGAGCAUAAAACUAUUGCAGGACUGGGUUCUCACAGAGAAAGACUUAAUUCUGUCAUGUGGAGACAGUGGAGAGGCUUUGUUUCAGUGUGUGGUAGAUUUGCUAAAUAUCUUUCUUUACUAUUUUAGUACUAAAGGAAAUGAAAUAAUUACAAGUACAGAGUAUAAAAUUCUAGAUUAUGCUAAAAGAAUUGCAAAACGACUAAGACUUGAAUAUAAGUCAAUACCACUACCUGAAGAUAUUAACUUACGUGGUACCAACAUUUGUAAAUUUGAUAAAGAUGCUGCCGAAUGGCAAUUAAUUGACAAAUCUAAACCAACAGUGAUCGAAGAAAAUAUCAUCCGUAUUUUGAAUUUUAUUGACUUUGGAUAUCAAAUUGCAAAAAUUAUCCCUAGAAUAAGAUACAAUCGAUCAUUAAAAAUAUUCUACUUUAAGAAGUCUCUUCCUCCAAAAAUGACAACGAAGAUUAACCACAAGAAAGUUAGAGAAUGGCAGAAUUCGAAGAAACAGACGGAGACCAGUGAAAGUGGCUUGCUACGUCGUCUCGGCCGUUUAUGGCUGGCGUCACAAGUGCGGGAGCUUGAGCGUAGCGGGCAGACAGACGUACCCUCGCUGCUGGCUGUGGACACCGCUACCCUCUACAAACACCUUCGAAGAAUCAAACAGUUAUUGCGCACGCGGAAUUUUAUAUUUCUCGUCCCCACCAUUGUCUUGCAGGAACUAGACGAGCUGAAGCGUGAGCGAAGUUCCGCUCGGGAUGCCAUCCGUUGGCUUGAAAUACAACUCAAGAGCGGCUCGCGGUUCCUACGAACUCAGCGGCCCGGUCAGUCGAGACCUCUGCCUCUGUUGAAGUACCCGCGGAAAGCACCACCGCAUGUACACAAUUUCAUACAAAUAUUGGAAUUUUGCAAUCACUUCACUGCCGACGAGAAACAAAACCAAGGAGGUAACGGCGACCCGGACAAUUCGGUGCACGGUAAAUCAGCUCCACUAUUAAUAUUGCUCGUCGGUAACGAACCGGGAAAGAGUGAUGAGCAUUACAAAGAGUUCAGUCUGACGGGUGCGGCGCAGGCCUCGGGCAUCACUGUGCAGUAUAUCGGAGACUUCUACACGAAAUGGCGUCAGACGAUGCACAAGAGUGGCAAGAAGAGAUGAAAGAGAAAACUCCGCAUUCAGGACUCGAUCGCUGGAAAGGGAAUUGACUCGAUGCCCUUCAAACGGCCAACAAAUCAUUAUCAUUCAGUGAUGGGAUUUGUACACGCUCAACGCGAGCGUUAUAAUAAGCAUAAGCAACGGUUGAUUCGAAAAUAAUUCGACGUUGAAUUCAAGUUGUCCCCUGUCUAACAAGCAUUGUCAUUUUAAAUCAUAAUUAAUUCAUUUCCACAUAUACUAUUGGGUGUUAUUUUUUUAUAUAACAUAAUCGGGAUCAAGUUUAUUUGUUCAUUAUUUGGAUAUAUAUAUUUUCACCUGUCAUCAUAAUAAAUAUUUGUAAC